AAAUCUGUCAUCGACUGACAAGCUGAUAACCGGUGCAUAUUGUUGUGUUGUUGGCAAAGUAAAGUAAAACUUUAUAAAGCAGAUAGAAACUGCCUGUUGAUAUGAGGACUAUAAAUUAAAUAGAAAACAGAAAAAAAGAGGCGCUAUGACAGAUCAACAUCCAAAAAAGUCUGUUAAAAUUGUAGUCUUGGGGGAUAUAGGCAGAAGUCCGCGAAUGCAAUACCAUGCCUUAUCAUUGAGUAAUAAUGGUUUAAAAGUUAAUAUAAUUGGCUACACGGACUCUUCUCCACUUACAGAAGUACUCGAAAACUCGAAUAUAACCAUAACAAAGCUACACAGCUGUAAUUUUGAUAGGGGCCCGAGGUUUUUACAGCUUAUGUUGAAAGCAGUUUGGCAAGCAAUUAGUUUAUUUCUAACUCUACUAAUAACAGGAAGUUGCGAUUAUUUGCUUUGUCAGAAUCCGCCUGCAGUCCCUACACUUCCUGUUUGUCGAUUUUACUGUCUAGUUACAAGAACAAGAUUCAUUAUAGACUGGCAUAAUUAUGGGCACACUAUCAUGGCGUUAUCAAUGUCACCGAGCCUAAAAAUAAUACUAAAGAUUUACACUUUUCUGGAAAAGUAUUUUGGUCAAUCAGCACAGCAUAAUCUUUGUGUCACAUAUGCUAUGAAAGAAGAUUUAUUAGAUAACUGGAAUAUAAACGCUACAGUUCUGUAUGACAGACCACCUCACAUAUUCCAUCCUAUAAAUCUGCAAGAAAAACAUGAUUGGUUUGUUAAAUUCUGUCAAAAAUACCCAGAGCACUUUCCAUUAAACAAUGUUGGGAAUUCAGGAGAUAUAAUCAGUACACCUUUCACACAUAUAGUAGAUAAUGAAGUUAAAUUAAAACAAGACAGACCUGGGUUACUCUUUAGUAGUACAAGCUGGACCCCAGAUGAGGACUUUAGUAUAUUACUGGAAGCAUUGCAAGUGUACGAAACUACAUAUGAUUUAACUAACAGUCUACCGAAACUGGUAUGUGUGAUAACAGGCAAAGGACCUAUGAGACAACAUUAUUUAGACUUGAUAGCAUCAAAACAUUGGCAAUAUGUCACCAUGGUCACCCCCUGGUUGGAUGCCUGUGAUUACCCCACUAUGGUAGCGAGUGCAGAUCUAGGGGUCUGUUUACACACUAGUUCCUCUGGCUUGGAUCUACCUAUGAAAGUUGUUGAUAUGUUCGGAGCUGGUUUACCAGUUUGUGCUGUUUCUUUUCGAUGUCUUGAAGAGCUCGUCCAACAUGGAGUUAAUGGUUAUGUGUUCAAGACAAGUGAUGAACUUUCAAAGCUCAUUGUGGGCUGGUUUGAAGGCUUCCCAAAUAAUGAUGAGAGGAACAAGAGAGAGCAGGAAAUGAGAAGAGAACUCACUAAGUUCCAAGAAACAAGAUGGGAGGGAAAUUGGAACUUGAGAGCAAAGAAAUUUUUUGAAUGAUAAUGUAAUUUAACUUAAAAUUGCAGAAUUAUCAUAGUAUGUAAGAUAAUAAGACUAUUUUUUUAUCUUUACGAUAUUUAUGAUUGUUAUUGUCAUUAUUUAAAUACCUGAGAUAAUAAAUAUU